AUGGCGAGCUGUCAGAGAGUCGCCCGGCCCGCCCUCCGGUCGGUACACCAGGCACAGCUCUGCGUGCGAUCCUCCCGACCCUUCACACAAACUAGCACCCAGAGCGAUAAUGUAGAGACCACAACAAAGACGGCUCUGGUGCCGGAAAGGGCUGCCCAGGGCAGCACGGCAACUAGUCCGAGCAAGGGAGAUGCACAAGCUGCCAAGGCCGACACCGUGAGUGCGACUAAAGCCUUGCUGGACCGCAACACGACGACAGCUGGGUGGGCCGAGAAGCGGCUGUACCAAAAGGGCACACACCCCAUCGGCUCCCGGCGUCGCAGAGCGGCCAUUCGCACCUCGGAGAACGUGCCCUUCGAGCAGCUGCCCUACCAGUGCUUCCAGGAGGCUCGCAAGAUCCUGCAGGCGGACCGUGCCGAGAAGAUCAAGGCCAUCGCGGCCGAGCUCGACAAGAUCAAGAGGUUGGAGGAGGUGCCCGCGGAGAAGUACAAUGGCGGCCAGGCCAAGAAGAACCUGCGCCUCACGAGUUUGAGGAAACACGUGGAGGAGCUCAAGAUCCUUGCCGACAUCAACGACCCGUUGGUCAAGCGCAAGUUUGAAGAUGGCCUCGGUGACAUGAGCAAGCCCAUCUACCGCCACCUUGCCGAGCUCAAAUGGCGCGGCAUGCCCUACAAAAUCAUCACACAGCGCAUUGAGCAGUUCAACAUUGUGCCCGAUGUGCUGCCCAAGUUUGAGCCGACCAUGGACGUGCAACUGUACUUCCGCCGCGUCAAGGUCGAACCCGGUGACAUCAUCAACUCUCUCGUGUCAGAAGUACCACCCCGCUUGAGAGUGCAGGCAUUCGACAAGGGCGAGCGCCUCGUCUCGGUCGUGGUCAUGGACUCUGACGUCCCCAACGCCGAGACCGACAGCUUCGACAGGCGGUGCCACUACCUGGCCGCCAACAUCCCCCUCUCGCCGACCCAGCAGUCCCUGCCCCUCGGCCAGGUCAACAAGGAGACCCAGCUCGCUGUGCCGUGGCUGCCGGCAUUCUCCCAGAAGGGCGCGCCCUACCACCGCAUGUCGGUUUUCAUCCUGGAGCAGAAGCCCGGCGAGGCGCUCGACAUUGCCAAGCUGCGCGAGCUGUACGCGACCCGCGACGGGUUCAGCCUCAAGUCCUUCCGCGACAAGUUCUCCCUCACGCCCGUCGGGUUCAACCUGUUCCGCUCCGUGUGGGAUGAGAACACGGCCGCCGUCAUGGAGCGCGCCGGCAUGCCCGGAGCCGACAUCGAGUUCAAGCAUAAGCGCGUCUACUCGCUCAAGGGCGAGAAAAAGCAGCGCGGCUGGGAGGCCAAGCGCCAGAAGCCAAAGUACCGCAGCCUUUGGAAGUACUCGAAGCGCAUCCACGGCCUCAAGAACGGCCGCCGGUAG